GUCAAUGGAGCGCAGGGGCAGAGGGCGAUCGAUCAAUCGAUGAAUGGCCGGAUCGAUUUGGGAACAGAUUGAUCGAUCGAGCCAUUCGUGCUUCCUGCUGUUGAGUGCGUGCGCUCGAGCGAGAAGGACGACGGACCGCAGGUCGACAUGAGGAGAGGCGAAUUUUGAAUCGGGCAAGAUUGGUGAUCACUCGCUAAUGUUGGUGAUCAGCAGCAAGACUAGGGUAGGAGGACAAUCUUGUCGUUCAAUCGCCCGAUUCCUGAACCGAUUGACUGACCGAUGAAGACCCUCGAGGAAUCUCGCUGUGCGUAGAGAGAGUGGCAGAGACUAGGUCGAAAGGAAAGUGAAGGAACGGAAGGAGGGAGUGAUGACCAACAUGUUUCAGUCGUCGACGAGCCUACAGGCUGUACAAUAAGCAGGCGUAGUUGCUUCUUGGUUCAUCGGAGUAAAGGUUGAGGUGGAGGAGGUGGUGGUGGUUCUUGUUGUCAUUGCUAUUUUUGUUCUUUGGGGUUAGAGAAUCUGCCAUCGCUGAGGUAGAAGAAAAGGCGGGUCGCUUGCAGGGAGCGUCAGGAUGGCCGAGGAGAAGUAUAAUAUGCGGAAUCCUGCCGUGAAGCGGAUUUUGCAGGAGGUCAGAGAGAUGCAGAACAAUGCGAGCGAGGAUUUUAUGAGUUUGCCGCUACAGGAUAACAUUUUCGAAUGGCAGUUCGCGAUUCGGGGGCCUCAGGAUACAGAAUUCGAAGGAGGGAUUUACCACGGGCGAAUUCAGUUGCCUCCGGAGUAUCCCUUCAGGCCUCCCGCAUUCAUGCUCCUUACACCCAACGGGCGAUUCCAGACUCAGACCAAGAUAUGCCUGAGUAUCUCACAACAUCACCCCGAGCAUUGGCAGCCAUCAUGGAGCGUCCGCACAGCGUUGGUCGCUCUGAUUGCCUUCCUGCCCACGAAGCCCGACGGAGCUCUGGGAUCUCUUGAUUACACCAAGGAGGAAAGACGGGCGCUUGCUAUAAAGUCCCGAGCUGCAGCACCGAAAUUUGGCAAUCCGGAACGGCAACAGCUGAUAGAUGAGAUCCAUGAUUACAUGAUGAAAAAAGCACCUCCCGUUCCAGAUCUUUCUGCAGCACCGGAAGUGCCAUCGGACACCACGGAUCCUGCAGCACCCGUUUCUGACCCAGUUCCCUCGCCUGAAGCUACCGAGACACGGGAGGUCGUCUCUACACCAAACGGCGAUAAUGAACCAGAAAUGGUAGUGGAGAACGUGCAUGAGCUUCACGUCAACGCCAACGCCGGCCCAAUUGCCGUGAGUUUCAGUGCAGGAUUUCGUGUUAGAGCUCCUGCACCCACCCAAGCAGCAGCACCCAGAGAGCAGCAGGCUGUUGGGUCGCCACCACCGGCAGUGGAAGGCACAGGAAUUCUUGCAAGGCUUCGACUGUCGGAUGACUUUGGUUUGACAGUGUUGGCGAUCGGAUUGACCAUUGCCAUCGUUGCUAUCUUAAUCCAGAAGUAUUUUGCACGCUCUCCAGCGACCAUGGGAACAGGCUUGUGAUUCAUUGUUUAGGAAAUUAUGUAUAGAUUGCCCCUCCCUCCUCGUCUUGGAUUCCUUUGGAUCAGCUUCUCCCGCCCCCGACACCCUCCCUCCUUCAAUUUGGCAUGCCCCGGGCUUUCGUAGUGAGACCUUCUCUAAGUCUCAUGAAGAUGAUGAAAUUAUCUAAUCAGAAGAAGAUCAAACUUUUGAUAUCUAGGGUUGGCCGUAUUAUGAAUGUGAGAUCCCUGUUAACUUCGGGCUUGGAAACCUCAGCGUCCAUAUGUAAAUAGUUCCAUUUUUUAAUCCUGUUUGGGUCAGGUGGACCGCAGUAAAGAGACGUUUUGUGUAGGCCAGCUUUAAUUCUGCAGUACACAGCCUGUGAUGUUGGCAAUUACUUUGACCAGUGGAUGUCAAACUGUAUUGAUGUUCUGUUAGUGUUAUCCGAGACUGAAGCACCGGGGUUUUAUGUGUCUCAUUUAAGUACGAGUCGGGGUGCUGCUUUCAGUGUGCAGAAGUUUCGAGGGAUAUUAAAUGGCUCGUGGCAUUGUUGAGCACAUCUCGUAUUGAGAUCAGUUGUGAUCGUGGACUUCGGGCCAGCGGUUGGAAAGAGCUUGGUUCUUGUAGGUGUAUUCCCUAUCAUUCUUUUAUGAAUAGAUAAAGCUAUGUGCUUUGCUGGAGUGGUGAGAGAUUUCCGUACGAAGCUUUUGAAGAAAUCCACGAAUCUCUAUGAUGAAGCAUGAAGAAUUUGUAGCGUACAGCAGGAUAGGGCCGUCGAGAUUGUAUUUUAUGAAAAAUUUCGUUAACAAGUUACACCAAAUGACAUGUCUCUG